CUUCAUGGUAGAUCGAUCGUGCUUUUUAAAAUGUCGAGAAAUGGUGGUUAGUUUAAAUUGAUUCACGUAGUUCGAGUUGUUGGAAGUUGGACAUCUUACUGUCUGCUCUGCUCCAGUGUUCCUAUCCCAGUUUCUGAUUUUUUGACCAUCUCAACAGUUGUGCCAGCCACCAACCAUGUCGGAUUUGGCACGGACUCUGCCAGCUUCUUGGUAUUGCAGUCUUCCGCUGUAUAAGCUGGAGCGACGAGCUGUUUUCAUGAAAUCAUGGUACCUGCUCGGCCCUGUCACCAGGUUUCUCAAUGUCGGAGAAGAAGUCCACUACGAGAUUGCACAGAAAAAGAUUUGUGCCGUCCGAACCUCUGCUACCACGGAUAUACCAGCAGUAGACGACAUUAAGGUCAUUUGUGCUGACACGGGAGCCACCGUGCGAAGCCAUCUAACUCCUACCGGCUUACUGUUCUCGUCUCUGUCGGAUGAUGCGCCCAGUUUCCACGAGUAUUUCCCGGACUUGGAAGGUCUGCUUCAGCGAGUGGACUUCACAAAGCUCCCGCAUCGUCGCAGCAUCAAGUACGAGGGACGCUUCAACUGGAAGACAAUGGUUGAUGGAUACCAAGAAUGUCUACACUGCCAGUACACUCAUCCAUCAUUCUCUGUCUACUACCCUCCAACGUUCUACACUGUCUACAACCAUCGGAAUUUCUCCCAGCACAUUGCAGAUCCCAAGAAGCCUGAUGACGGAUUGUUCCUCUACUUCUUCCCGAACUGCACUCUGAACGUGUACGGGGGGGGAAUGUCGUCCUUCCGAGUCUGCCCUACGGAGGACCCGAACGUAACCAGGAUGGAAUUUGACUACUACCAUCUCGAAUCUGGGGAUAAGUUUGAGGAGUAUUUCAAGUUCGUCCGACAGGUAGCCAUGGAAGACUUUGAGCUCUGCGAGAAGGCCCAGGAUAACCUCACCAAGGGCAUAUACAACGAGGGCAUUCUGAACCCCGAAAAGGAAACGGGAGUAGCCUUCUACCAAGAACGGGUUUUCGAUCUUGUCCGCCAGCAAUAUGACGAAGACAGACUGACGUCGGCUUCCGGAUUGAAGACGGAUAGUCGGAAUGCACUGCCUGUGUCCGAUCACGUCCAGGCCAUUGCGUAGAAAUCCAUUCGGUUCCUUUCCCUGCACCCUUAUCAACAGUGGGUAGAGCCAGGGACAAAUUCCGGAGAUGUUCUCCGUAGUAUCUAUAGACACAGUGAGAUAAGGCUUGCAGCAAUUUAGGGUUUCAGCAUUCAGUCAAUGCCACAUAUUUCAUAUAUCGUUAAUCAUCAACAAACCUAUAAAGAUCUAGAUGAUAUCACCUAUCUGCAGGAUUAUAUGGAAGGCACACAAUAGCAGCG